UCCCCGUCUUUUUUACGUCUGUGCGCUACCAGUGACGUGCGCAUGCGCUAGGUGUGAAGAGGAAGGAAACAACAUGUCGAUAGAAGACCCAUUUUUCGUUGUGAAGGGGGAGGUGCAGAAGGCCCUGUCUCGAGCUCGGGGCCUGUUUGAUAGAUGGGAGGAGCUGUUGCAGGAGGGGACACAGGUGAGUCGAGAUGAGCUAGACUGGAGCGCCAACGAACUGAGAAACUGUCUGAGGGCCAUAGACUGGGACCUAGAGGACCUCAGUGAAACCAUCAGCAUCGUGGAGUCAAAUCCAGGGAAGUUCAGACUGGGUGAUAAUGAACUUCAGGAGAGGAAAGAUUUUGUGGAGCGAACCAGGAAGUCUGUCCAGGACAUGAAGGAUCAGUUGUCCAGCCCUUCUGCUGUGGCUCAGGCAGAGAAGAAGAAUAGACAGGCUCUGCUGACUUCAUCGGGCCAGGACAGGUCAACAGGAUUGGAGGCUCAUCUGGUGUCUGCAAACUCCAGAUACAUCCAGGAGCAGCAGGAGCAACAGCAGUUGAUCAUGCAGGAGCAGGAUGAGCAGCUGGAGUUGGUGUCGGGCAGUAUCAGAGUCCUCAAAGACAUGUCUGGACGGAUCGGAGACGAGCUCGAUGAGCAGGCCGUGAUGUUGGGGGAUUUUGGAGAUGAGAUGGACCAGACAUCGUCCCGCAUGGACUCUGUGCUGAAGAAGCUGGAGAAAGUGUCUCACAUGACCAGCAGUCGGAGACAGUGGUGUGCCAUCGGUGUCCUGGUCGCCAUCCUAAUCGUGGUCCUCAUCCUCUUCUUCGCACUCUGACAUAAGCAGUCUAUGACCUCUCGACCCCGUUCACAGACUCCUCCCUGUCUGGAUGGCUGGACGGUUACAGAGCCCCUCCCAUCACUCUCUUUCUUUGUGCUGAGGGGAAGCUGGUGAUCUGCAGGCUAUAGCGAGGAUGGAUCCUCCACUCCACUUCAGCCAUUCUAGUGGAGAGGGUGCUGCUGGUCUCUCAGCAGCACAGUUUAGCACGGGGAGGGGGGGGGACCCUGGUGGUAUUAUGUCUUUUAUUUUGAUGCAUUUUGGUUAUCAUUGGAGUUAGAGGGACUCGGGGAGGACUGCUCCUGUUGGGUUAAAAUCACAAACCUGCUAAAGUUCGCUUCGUUUUAAGCCAACAGCAGUAGCAUGGGGGAGGAUUUUCAGUGUUGCCUUAAAUCUAUUUUUAUACCAUGUUGAAAUGUGCAGUUUGUUUGUGUGCCUAGAUGUAAAUCAUGCUGGGAGCUUACUCCUUACUAGCAGUAAUCAGCAUCGGGCAGGUGUGCAGGUUUUCCCUCCACUGAUGAAGAGUUUAGUAAAAAGUGCUGCUGAGCUGUGUGUGUGUGUGUGUGUGUGUGUGUGUCUUAUGGAUCCUGGUUUUGCCUGUCAGAUUCAUUCCGAGUCUCUUUUACUCAGCAGACAUAAAUGAUUCAUUUCCUGCUCUGAUAGUGAUCUGCCACAGAGAGGCAAAGGCCACCUUCCUUCGCACCCCCGCAGACAUUUGAGCACACGAUUGGCUAAGGCUUUGUUACCCUCACUGGUUGAAGAGAGAAAACCUUGGCUUCAAGCGAAUGGCUCUGCCUCUCUUUUUUUUAUUGAAAAGCUUCAGCUAAUGAGCAGAGGAAUAGUUGCUGGGCAGGAUGUCCCCACACAGCCUAGAUUUAGGCUUAGAGCUCCCUCUGCUGGAGCCUGAGGCUCAUUUCUAUUCUUUUGUGUCACGUCAGGCAGCACUACCCACACUGAGGUGUGUUGCAGCACUGUGUAAAUGCUUCGACUUGCUUUUUGUGUGUAAAUGGAAAUUAUUCUUGUACAAAGCAUCUGAUUUUUAAUCCUGUGUGAUCCAGAUAUCUUCACUCAAGCUUUAAUCACCCAGUUACAGAGAAAAUGAACUCUUUGUUUUGUAGGUCAGAGGUCAGGUGCCUUUGCCUGUUGCAGGAGUGGGUAAGGCUGAAAGCACCUUUACUGCCAGAGCUUUGUGUAAGUUAAUGUGAGCUCUUGUCCCAGCUUCAGAAGGGCAAGUAGCUCAAAAACCGGGAAAUGUGUCAGUCUGAAACAACACGGAGGCGCAUGAAUGUAAAGGCACAAGAAGGGUUUUGAACAGAGAGCUUCCUUUUACUGUUUCACUUAAACCUGGGAAUUGUUUUUACAUGAUUAUAAUGUAACGGCACAUCAGACAGGUGCUUGACAGGUUUCAUAUAGUGAUGGUGCUGAAUUGAUUGCAAAGCUGAUUGUGCAAUUACAGCACUCAGUGUGUUGGUCAUUGUUAACUAAUCUGAUCUGUGCAAAUUGAAGUAUUAGAUGAUCACUCCCACCGAUCCUGGUUUUUAAAGCUGGGUUAGAUGAUAUGGUUUUGGUUCAUUACUCCAAAAUAACUGUACAGCGUAUUAUAACUUGCAGGUAGUCAGAGAAGAGACUGGAUCCGUGCACGUCCUGUAGUUGUGUUUUGUGCCAUCAGGACACACGGGGGUAAGGAAGUGAGGAAAGGGACAGGAGGAAUGAAAUCUGUGUAGAAGUGGAAUGUGGUGGACUUCUGUGAGAUUACUGGAUUUAAGCAGGGGACUUGGAAGAAAAGGGUGUGAGUCCUGUGGGAAGCCACAACUCAAUGUUGUCUUGUUUUUAACCCAAAUGAAGCGCACACACCCGUGUGCCUCUGGUGGGAGGGGCUUUUGCCCAAUGCAGCUUUAAUGGUACUAGCAGUAGAUUAUUUCAGAUUAUAAUAACUGCAGUUAAUAUCAGUGCUGAACUCCAUCUAGCACACAUUUACACUAAUCAGCCACAGUAUGAGGACCCCCUCCCUAAUAUCACAUAGACCCCCUUGUGCUGUCAAAUCAGCUCUGACUCAUCGUGGCAUGGACAACGGGAGUCUGGGGGAUUAGGAUCUGGGGAGAUUGAGCUCUAAGUCACUUUUUGUUGCCCUCUCAGAGUAUCAAAAGGUGGAUGGCACGAGUUAAAAUAUCAGCCACACAAGCAGCAUGGCUAAAGGUUUAAACACGAUUACGUCAGUGGUUUUUACUAACCUUUGGUUCAAAACUGCUAAUGAAAGUAAAUAUUCAAAGUGCCAAAGGUCACAUUUGUAUUUAUUCUGUGUGAAUGACCAGCUAUUACAACGAGUAUGUUUUGGAUUUUUGGAUGUAAAUGUGUAAAAUACAGUACUGGUAGCCAUCGUGUCCUCUUUUUCACACAUGAUGUUUGAGUAUGUCAUUGUGUUUUUACUGCCUCUGCUAAAAAGAAAAAAAGGGCAACAUUGGUGACAAAGUGUAAACUUUUCCUGUCAUAUACACUAUAUACCGUAUGACGAACAAGUGAAGGGAAAAAGCAAACUGCAUAAAGUGAAUCACACAAUUGUUCUGUUACUGGCAUCCAGAGAUUUUUUUUUAAAAUUGCUGAUUGUGGUUAUAAGUUUCAUUAAACUUGAAAUGACCGAA